AUGGCCAUAUUACAAAUCCCUGCUGUUUUUGAAGAUAUCAUUAAGGCAAGAAAAUCUUCGGGAAAUCUGACCAAAUCGAAACGCCAAUUAUCAGUGGGAUCUGAGCCACAAACCAGUGAUUUUUAUUAUGUCCAAGGUGGUUCUAAUCUCGACCAAGAUAAUCUCGAUGUAGACAAUCUCGAUCAAGACAAUCUCGAUCAAGACAAUCUCGAUCAAGACAAUCUCAAUCAAAACGAUUCAAAUCCUGAUCAAGCCAGCCCAAGCAACGUCUCAGAGAAUAGAUGGCUCACCGUAUACGCCAUCACCACCACCAUUUACACAUCAAUCACCGGAAACACACACCACUCAAUUGAUAUCAGCAACACUCAAGUCACCACAAAUCACACAUCAUUCACUAGAUACACGCACAACUCAAUUGAUAUCAGCAACACUCCAGUCACCACCAAUCACAAAUCAAUCACCAGAUACACACACCACUCAAUUGAUAUCUGCAAUACUCCAGUCACCACCAAUCACAAAUCAAUCAUUAGAUACACACACCACUCAAUUGAUAUCAGCAACACUCCAGUCACCACCAAUCACACAACAAUCACCAGAUAUACAAACCACUCAAUUGAUAUCAGCAACACUCCAGUCACCACCAAUCACACAUCAAUCACCAGAUACACACACCACUCAAAUGAUAUCAGCAACACUCCAAUCACCACCAAUAACAAAUCAAUCAUCAGAUACACACACCACUCAAUUGAUAUCAGCAACACUCCAGUCACCCCCAAUCACAAAUCAAUCAUCAGAUACACACACCACUCAAUUGAUAUCUGCAACAUUCCAGUCACCACCAAUCACAAAUCAAUCAUCAGAUACACGCACCACUCAAUUGAUAUCAGCAACACUCUAGUCACCACCAAUCACACAUCAUUCACUAGAUACACGCACCACUCAAUUGAUAUCAGCAACACUCCAGUCACCACCAAUCACAAAUCAAUCAUCAGAUACACACACCACUCAAUUGAUAUCUGCAAUACUCCAGUCACCACCAAUCACAAAUCAAUCAUUAGAUACACACACCACUCAAUUGAUAUCAGCAACACUCCAGUCACCACCAAUCACACAACAAUCACCAGAUAUACAAACCACUCAAUUGAUAUCAGCAACACUCCAGUCACCACCAAUCACACAUCAAUCACCAGAUACACACACCACUCAAAUGAUAUCAGCAACACUCCAAUCACCACCAAUAACAAAUCAAUCAUCAGAUACACACACCACUCAAUUGAUAUCAGCAACACUCCAGUCACCCCCAAUCACAAAUCAAUCAUCAGAUACACACACCACUCAAUUGAUAUCUGCAACAUUCCAGUCACCACCAAUCACAAAUCAAUCAUCAGAUACACGCACCACUCAAUUGAUAUCAGCAACACUCCAGUCACCACCAAUCACACAUCAUUCACUAGAUACACGCACCACUCAAUUGAUAUCAGCAACACUCCAGUCACCACCAAUCACAAAUCAAUCAUCAGAUACACACACCACUCAAUUGAUAUCUGCAACACUCCAGUCACCACCAAUCACAAAUCAAUCAUCAGAUACACACACCACUCAAUUGAUAUCAGCAACACUCCAGUCACCACCAAUCACACAUCAAUCAUCAGAUACACACACCACUCAAUUGAUAUCAGCAACACUCCAGACACCACCAAUCACAAAUCAAUCAACAGAUACACACACAACACAAUUGAUAUCAGCAACACUCCAGUCACCACCAAUCACAAAUUAAACAUCAGAUAG